AGCCGGUCCCGGGCAGCCGCUCAGCCCCCUGCCCCCAGCCGCCAGCCGCCUGCCUGGGCCGGGCCGAGGAUGCGGCGCAGCGCCUCGGCUGCCAGGCUCGCUCCGCUCCGGCGCGCUUGCUAACUUCCCCCGGCUCUGUCAUUGCCCGCCAGCCGGGCCGCCCCGUCUCCCCGCGCCCUCCGGGUCGGGUCCUCCAGGCGCGCCGGGCGCUGCUGCCGGGUGCCACUGCUUCCCGCCCGCGUGUCCGCGCUCCCCGCCUGCGCCCCGCGCCCGCUCCCGGUCCUCGCGCGGUCAUGCUGCCCCUCUGCCUCGUGGCCGCCUUGCUGCUGGCCGCAGGGCCCGGGCCGAGCCUGGGCGACGAAGCCAUCCACUGCCCGCCCUGCUCCGAGGAGAAGCUGGCGCGCUGCCGCCCCCCCGUGGGCUGCGAGGAGCUGGUGCGGGAGCCCGGCUGUGGCUGUUGCGCCACUUGCGCCCUGGGCUUAGGGAUGCCCUGUGGGGUGUAUACCCCCCGCUGCGGCUCGGGCCUGCGCUGCUACCCGCCCCGUGGGGUAGAGAAGCCCCUGCACACGCUGAUGCACGGGCAAGGGGUGUGCAUGGAGCUGGCGGAGAUCGAGGCCAUCCAGGAAAGCCUGCAGUCCUCUGACAAGGAUGAGGGUGACCACCCCAACAACAGCUUCAGCCCUUGCAGUGCUCAUGACCGCAGGUGCCUGCAGAAGCACUUCGCCAAAAUGCGGGACCGGAGCACCAGUGGGGGCAAGAUGAAGGUCAUCGGGGCACCUCGGGAGGAAGCCCGGCCUGUGCCCCAGGGCUCCUGCCAGAGCGAGCUGCACCGGGCCCUGGAGCGCCUGGCUGCCUCGCAGAGUCGCACCCACGAGGACCUCUUUAUCAUCCCCAUCCCCAACUGCGACCGCAACGGCAACUUCCACCCCAAACAGUGUCACCCAGCUCUGGAUGGGCAGCGCGGCAAGUGCUGGUGUGUGGACCGGAAGACAGGCGUGAAGCUUCCAGGGGGCCUGGAGCCCAAAGGGGAGCUGGACUGCCACCAACUGGCUGACAGCUUCCGAGAGUGAAACCUGCCAGCAGGCAGGGGGCUUGGUGCCCCCUACUACCCCCCACUUUGGGGACUGCAAAGUUGACCUGGAGUGGAGUCUGGGUCUGGGUCCAAGCUUUGCCUUUGACCCAGAAGUUUCCCUUGGGGUGUGUGUGUGUGUGUGUGUGUGUGUGUGCGCGCGCGCGCGCGCGCGCGUGUGUGUUUAUGGGCCCUAGUGUGCCCUUGGGGUAAGCCAGAGCCUGGAGUGUCCUCUUUGAGCUUAGAUAGCCCAAGAGAUCUGAGAGUGGCCAUGGGGAGCCCUGUUUGUUUCCAGAUCAGUCCUGGGUUCAUUCAUGCAUUCAGUCAUCUAGAAACAUUUAUCGACCACAUUCUAUGUGCCAGCUGUAGUUUUCAGCCCUGGGUGCCCUUGUUCUGACUUCCUCUGAUUGUGGCACACGAACCAUUCCCGUAAAGUGAGCACAGGCCUGUGGCAGAAGAGAAACCUCGUUCCUAGAGUCAGAGAGGAGGAGAGACGUGCAUGUUGACCAUUGUCUCUCCCCUUAUCUAGUCACAGGGUGGGAGCUGGCUUCAAGACCCAGACCCACGCCCAAAGCUUAGGCUUGCCAGACUCCCCUGCUCUUCUUCCCCAGGUCCUCCUGCUGAGAGGGGAAGGACCCGGGAGACAAGCCCACUUUUGGGUCUGGGUGUUGUGUCAUCUGCUUGGUUGCCUGGCAGCUGAGACCCUGCUUUUGGUGAGGGAGAGGGGACAGAGAAAGGCCUACAGGGCAGAGAUCAGGUCUGGCCAUGUCCUUGAGCCGUCAGGUGGGAAGAAAGAAUGCAGGACUGGAUUGAGUGUGCCCGAUGGAGAUGAGAACCUACGUGUUGGGGGACGAGGGGCUUGUCUGGGGUCCUGUUCCCUACCUGUUUGUGGUCACAGCCAUGAAGUCACCAGGGUGUCCCCAUCUUUCCAGUGGCUCACUACUUGUGACUCUGCCUUCCUUCCAGUAUCUUUUUCCCCUACACCUGCCCACAAGUCCCUAUUCCUCUGGGCAUUUUCUAGCUUGGUUGGAGACUUAGGGACCUGGUUGACUGUUAUGUCUUGUCUUUCUUUUCUCCUCCCACCCGCCCCCCAUUCUUUUUUUUUUUUUUUUU